AGCGUGGGCUGGCCUGUCUCUCUGUGUCACCGCCUGCGUCACAUGCCAGGAGGGGGUUCUCCAGUGACGAUAAGGCCGCGUAGCGGAGCAGUCUGCCACAGACAAGGGGAAGAAAGGCUGUGGCUGGUACGGACGGUGCUGUCUGGCUGCAAUAGAAACAAAAGCGAGCGGUCUGUUCGAGCAUAAAGCGGAAUUGUGUCCCUUGGAUUAUACAUCGUUACUCUAAUGGUGAUCGGAUACCUGGGUUAUUGAUCAGGUCCAUGCUAGCUAGAGCCAUGAGCGGUCUACUGAAGAGGAAGUUUGAGGAGGUCUAUGAUGAGGACCAGUGCUACUCCUCGUCCUCCUCCCGGUCGUCCUCAGCUUACUCCGGGUGGGACUCGGAGGGCGAGAGCUGCUACUCAGACACCCUUGACUCAACACCCAGCAACCCUGGCUCUCCAGACACACAUUGCAGCACCAAGUCCAUCCUGAAGAAGGCUAAGCGUGAACGGCUAGUGCGGGGCAACGUGACCUUUGACAUGGUGACAGUGUUUGUCUUCCCACGGUGCCAGGGCUUCAGCAGCGUGCCCAGUAGAGGGGGCUGUUCCCUGGGCAUGAUGCAGCGCCACAGCGCCCUCCGCAGGUACACCCUGGAUGAGUACGCCGUGGAGCAACACACCCUCCGUCGGGAGAAACUCCUCGACCGCCUCCGAGAGGAGAAACUGGACGCUCUCAAACAGAAACUGACUAAGGGAGGCACGGUGGAGUCAGAGGAGGCUGACUGCCUCACCAUCGAAGACAUCCCAGAGGACGAGAUGGACAUUAGCAGCUGUAACCUAGACGACGGCUCCUUCCUCCACCCCUACCCCUCCAAGAGGAGACAUGCCCUGCUGAAGGCUGCGGGGGUGAAGGUGGAGAAGGAGGAGAAGAGACAGCUGCAGCAGCUCCGAGUGUCCAGGGAGGACUGUGGGUGUGACUGCCAGGGUUUCUGUGAGCCAGAGACCUGCGCCUGCAGCCUGGCAGGCAUCAAGUGUCAGAUGGACCACUCGUCAUUUCCCUGCGGCUGCACUAAGGAUGGCUGCGGUAACCAGGAAGGUCGUAAAGAGUUCAACUCCAGCCGGGUUCAGACCCACUACAUCCACACCAUCAUGAAGCUAGAGCUGGAGAAGAGACUGGAGGAGACGUCUGGACCAGAGGAAGAGGACCCGGGAGAGACCACCUUCUACUUCAGCUCAGAGCUGGCAUCGGUCGGGGAGAACAGCUGUAGCAGUGACAUGACAGACUCCUCUGCCUCCUCGGGGGGGAGUGAGGACUCAGAGGAAGGGGCGGAGUUAGGCCGGGAGGACGAUGUGGAUGAAAACGGACUGAGCCGCAUCCUCAGCGACAACGACUAUAACGUAAACAACUACGUUGUUAAUGACAACCGAUGUUGCCCCGAGCAAUGUCUACAGCAGCAGCAGCAGGCAUCGUCCAUGACGACAACAACACAGAUGUUGGGAGGGUUUAGCACGGCAGACUUCCCAGAGGAGAAUGACAAUCUAGAGGUGCACACAGACAACCGGGCCAUGGCCAUAUCACUGUUAGAUGAUAACACUAACCAAGGCAACGGUCUGUUCCACCACAGCAGCUGCAGAAUCUCUAACCCCUCAUCUCCCUCAGUAGACUGCCCCAACACCCCAUCCCCCUCAGUAGAUGGCACCGCUGCCAGCUACAUGGACCUCAGCCUGUCCUCAGAGUCUCACCUGGAGUUCUUUGAUGGUUUCUGUCUGGGUCCUUCCUCCCUCUACAACUCACUUACGGCGUACCAACACAUGGACAACUUCUUUCACUUCCAGCAGCCUAGUUAUGCCAGCAGCCAAUCACAGGCCAUCGACCCCGGGACCUGCCUCCUGGAGUCUCUGAUUGGUCUGCCAGAAUCUGACCCAGAACCCCCUGCAACGUUCACAGACAAUCAGCUGUUGGAAGAAGCUGUCAGGGGUUAACUAUCGGGACCUGAACCGCCAACUGUGUUCUGGACUAUGUAGUGAAUUAGGGGGGAUGGGGGUCAGUGUAAACAGACUGCUGUUGGAAGAAGCUGUGAUUUCUCUCUUGCCUUUCAAUUGUUAGCAAAGCAGUUGGUAAUUAUCGCUGUAUGAAAUGGCAGCUAACGUUUCAGUUGGUAAUUAUCGCUGUAUGAAAUGGCAGCUAACGUUUCAGUUGGUAAUUAUCGCUGUAUGAAAUGGCAGCUAACAUUUCAGUUGGUAAUUAUCGCUGUAUGAAAUGGCAGCUAACGUUUCAGUUGGUAAUUAUCGCUAUAUGAAGUGGCAGCUAACGUUUCAGUUGGUAAUUAUCGCUUUAUGAAAUGGCAGCUAAUGUUUCAGUUGGUAAUUAUCGCUUUAUGAAAUGGCAGCUAACGUUUCAGUUGGUAAUUAUCGCUAUAUGAAGUGGCAGCUAACGUUUCAGUUGGUAAUUAUCACUUUAUGAAGUGGCAGCUAACGUUUCAGUUGGUAAUUAUCGCUUUAUGAAAUGGCAGCUAACGUUUCAGUUGGUAAUUAUCGCUGUAUGAAAUGGCAGCUAACGUUUCAGUUGGUAAUUAUCGCUGUAUGAAAUGGCAGCUAACGUUUCAGUUGGUAAUUAUCGCUGUAUGAAAUGGCAGCUAACGUUUCAGUUGGUAAUUAUCGCUGUAUGAAAUGGCAGCUAACGUUUCAGUUGGUAAUUAUCGCUGUAUGAAAUGGCAGCUAACGUUUCAUAAAAGUGAGAUUAAAAUAAGUAAUUUUCUACAUUGUAGAAAUAAUAGGGAAGACAUGAAACCUAUAAAAUAACACGUGUUGGGUUUUAUAUGUCGCUAAAUGUCAACCUCAGAAACCAAGAAUAGUACAGCUGGGUAUUAAUGAAUACUCUGGGAAACCAAACAUGGUUUUCAAAACACCUAUAACUUAUCUACAUAUUAUUGUUUUAAUUGAUUUCUUUUAUGAUUUUCUAUUUAUUUUCAGAUAAAAACCUACUAAAGCUAUGCUGAAGCAGCACUGUGGUUUGAUAUUUAUAACCUGGAAGUGCAAUCUUUCCUUAUGUAUCAAAUGUGUCCCAAAUGGCACACUAUUCCCUAUGUAGUACCCUACUUCCCAUAGGGCUCUGGUCUAAAAUAGUGCACUAUAUAGGGAAUAGGGUGCCAUUUGAAACUGAAUCCGUAUUAGGCAAAGUCGGCAAUAUGGGAUUAUAGAAAAGACCAUUGGGAAAGUAUUUCAUAUCUGUUCUCUUAUUGUUUAAACAACAUUUUGGUUAAAUUAUUUUAGUAGUUUGAUCUAAUUUAUGACAUGUUGGGCAAUAAGAGAUCGGUGUUGUUUACUCAGGAGGGCUAUGGCCUAAUCCCAAAUCAUUCCCUAAACCCUACGCCAUUGUGGAGAUCUGAGGUGAUUUGAUUGGUAUAAGCAAUAUAAUGAAACUUCCACCUAGCCUAUCAGAGCGCAAGGGGGAGCUAUUACCAUAUGGACUGCACCGGUCAGAUCCAAUCAGCUCUCCACACGUGUAGGGUUGAGGGGUCGAUUCGGCCAACGCCACAGUGCUUCUGUAUGAGCUGUGGGACUACUGUGUUCCUAUUUUAUAAAUCAAAAUGUAGAAUUCUGGCUCUGCUGUAGAUACUGCUAUCUAUAAUGUUACCAUAGAGAAUCACUCUAAUAUUUUAUAAAUAAUUUGUGUAGAUUGAAAGAAUUUUAAAUCUGUGUCACUGAAAUAAUUUUAUUAAGAAAAUGCAAAUUGUGUAAUUUCUUCUUUUUUAAAUAUUGAAAUCUUUGUAAUAGAUAAAUAUAGACUUAUUAUGAAAGCGUUUGCUUUCAAGUAUUUUUCAUAUGAACUAUGAAAUGCCACUAAAACAAAAUGGAUUAGAAAAGCAUCCAUAUGGUUGUUGUGACUGAGACAACGUGAUAUAUUUAUGCAGAAAGACUCAGAAGUUGUGUGUUUUGCCUCAUUAUGUCCUCAAGCAGACCUCAUUUGCUUUCGUGGAGAUCAUCUCAUUGAGAAAAACAAAAACAAAGCCACCAACAGAACACAGCUUCUCUGGUGGAAAUGCGGCUAAAUAAAGACAACUAGGGGUAUUUAUUACAUUCCUGAAUGGAGAGCAAACCAGAGCAGUUUUUCACUCAUCGUCUCUGACUGUUUUUUAAAAGCUGUUCAUUUCAUCCAAGUCCCUUUUUGGACAGUUUGUCCUCCUAAUAAAACUUAUUCUUAAAUGCUUGACUUUGUA